AACAUUAACGACCUUGAAGCUACGCGUAGAGCUUAUCUUGACGGCGACGCUCGCUAGCGAUACGCGAUACUGUUCAUUCGCUUUCUGACCGCCACCGUCGCUAGCGCCGCUCGCCACCACAUGAACUCGAUCGGGCACGCGUGCUGCUUUGUUUACUACACAAAACGCCGCGAACAAUCAACUUUAGUUCACCCUCUAAACGUGGUUUAAUUUAAUAUAUUCGCAAAAGUUUUUGCGACGAUAAGUGAACAUGUGUGUUACUAUGAUUUUAUUAGUGGCUUUGCUUUCGUUAGUGCUUUUACUUACUAUUUUUCACUAUGCAACUAAAGGAAGGAAGUAUUGGCAUAAUAGGAAGGUGCCAUAUAGAGAGCCAUGCCCUAUAUUCGGCAAUUUUGGUGCUACGCUAACAAUGCGCCAAAGUUAUACGAAAACGCUUCAGUUUUUUUACGAUGAAUACCGAGAUGAGAAAUACGUUGGUAUUUUUCAAGCGAGAAGGCCGUCUUUAUUAUUAAUCGAUGUAGAUAUAGUAAAAGCAGUACUAUCAAAGGAUUUCACCAAUUUUAGUGAUCGGAUAUCCGUUGCGACGGACACCCAGCGGGAACCACUUCUACGGAAUCUAGCUAACAUGAGUGGCUCUGAAUGGCAAGAGAUGCGGCACAUUGUUACACCGACAUUUUCUUCAGCUAAGAUGAAAGCUAUGUUUCCUUUAAUAGCAGAGUGUGCAAAAACGUUGAAAUCAGUUCUUAUUCAAGAAUCCGAAGAGGACAUUGAGGUACCGAAACUAAUGUGCCGAUUCACUACUGAUAUUAUAGGCAGCUGUGCAUUUGGGGUCAAUCCAGGGUCUUUAAAGGAUAAACAGUCACCCUUUUUAAUAAUGUCACAAAAGAUGUUCAAAGCUGAUCGGGCCACAAUAUUAAAACGAUACUGUCGAACAUUUUGUCCACGACUCUUUAAGUUCCUGAAUCUUAGAACUUACUCGUUGAAUGUUGAAGUUUUUUUCACUGAUAUUAUCAAUCAAGUGCUAACAGAGAGGCGUGUAACUGGUAAACAACGAAGUGACUUUCUGCAGCUUAUGUUAAAUGUGCAAAAAACAGAAGCAGGAUUUCCUAUGACGGAUGAAUUAAUUACGUCUAAUUCCUUUAUUUUUAUGUUGGCCGGGCUGGAGACGUCCGCAACAACGUUGUCGUUUUGUUUAUACGAAUUGGCAAAAGAUGUCGAUCUGCAAACUAGAUUGAGGACUGAAAUAAAAGAAAGUUUAGAACGUUACAAUGGUCUCAACUAUGAAGCUGUAUGCGGAAUGCGUUUGGCAGCUCAAACGUAUUUGGAGACUCUCAGAUUGCACCCACCGACGCCGCUGACUACACGGCUAUGUACAGUACCCUGCACAUUGCCUGGAACUGAUCUGAAAUUGAAAGCUCGGGAAGCGGUCAUUAUACCAAUCCACUGUAUUCAAAAAGAUUCAAAAUAUUUUCCGGACCCGGAUAAAUUUGAUCCCGAGCGGUUUAGAGACGAUUUGAAUCCGAAGGGUUUUAUCGCUUUCGGGGAUGGACCGAGGAGUUGCCCAGGGGCCCGAUAUGCUCAACUAAUGGUCGUAGCUGGUCUGGCUACCAUACUUGACAAUUUCGUCGUGGAACCCUGCGCCAGGACUACGCCAAGCAUACAGUACGACCCGAGAAGCGUGAUGCUUAAAAACAAAGGAAGCAUUUGGCUUAGAUUUAGACCUCUUUAAAUGAUGAAGGACUAUAAGCAACUUAUUCUAUUAGUGGUGACACUACUAUGACUAUUUAAUGUUUUUAUUUAUAUCUCCUGUAUGGUUAUGUCGGUACAAUGUCUAUGGUCUACGCUUUAGUUUUUCAGUAUUGUAAUAAAGUAAAUCGUAGGAAUAGUGAUACUCCUAUCUUAUCUCACAUUUCUGAAAUAUUUAGUUACAUAAUUGGUUUUUGUUUAUUACUCUAAUUAACUAAUAUGUAAUAUAAUCAUAUACAUAAUAUAUUAUUAAUAGAUUCUAUAGGUACCUAAUCUAUCAAUCUACGCGUACCUACGGUUAUCGGUUACACGUAUGUUUUAUUGAAGAUUCUUAUAGAAAUAUUAUAAUACAAUGUAAAUAACUUGAUGUAAAAAUCUUGAUGUAGAAUAAGCAAGAUUUUAAUUAAAUUUGUUCUAUGUAUUGUACCUUGGCGGCAGUUGAUAAGACGGACAUGUAUCUCAUUAAGUUUAAGUAAGUACUUAAAACACAAAUGUAAUUUAAAUAUUGGGACUGAAAAUGUACCUUAUCAUUAUAAUAGGUAUUUAGACAUAAUUCGCUAUGUGAAUAGAUGUACUUGUAGUAUGUGCGUUUAAGCUUAAAUUAUUUACAGAUAGAUAUCAUUGUUAUGUACUAUGGAAAUUAAAAAGUACAUACCUACUCAAGUUUUACACUUGAA